GCGCAUCAAGGCAACUAGGAAGUAGUGGUAGGGUUUUUAAAAAGUGACUGCAGACUUCAGUGGUAGACACUGGUAUUUCAGUAUUGCCUUAUUUACAUUGUUUAAUUGUUGAAUAAGUGUGCGCAAUGGCGGCGAGAUAUGAUAGAGCCAUUACUGUCUUUUCUCCUGAUGGUCACUUAUUUCAGGUGGAGUACGCUCAAGAAGCUGUCAAGAAAGGAUCCACAGCUGUUGGCAUAAGGGGCAAAGACAUCGUGGUUCUGGGCGUAGAGAAAAAAUCUGUGGCAAAACUGCAAGAGGAGAGGACAGUCCGCAAGAUCUGUGAUCUGGAUGAACACGUCUGCAUGGCCUUUGCAGGUCUGACUGCAGAUGCACGCAUCGUGAUAAACAGGGCUCGUGUGGAGUGCCAAAGUCACAGAUUGACGGUGGAGGAUCCUGUAACUGUGGAAUACAUCACAAGAUAUAUUGCCACCCUUAAGCAGCGUUACACUCAGAGCAAUGGACGCAGACCAUUUGGGAUCUCCGCUCUGAUUGUGGGAUUUGAUAGUGAUGGGACCCCAAGACUUUAUCAGACAGACCCGUCAGGAACAUACCACGCUUGGAAGGCCAAUGCCAUUGGUCGCAGUGCAAAAACGGUGAGGGAAUUUCUGGAAAAGAAUUAUACUGAGGGGGCCAUCGUCAGUGACAACGACACCAUGAAACUGGCCCUCAAAGCAUUACUGGAGGUAGUGCAGUCAGGUGGGAAGAAUAUUGAGCUGGCAGUCAUGAGGCGGAACCAACCACUGAAGAUUUUGGAGUCAAAAGAGAUUGAAACAUUGGUGGAAGAGAUUGAGAAAGAGAAAGAAGAGGAGGCAGAGAAGAAGAAACAGAAGAAGUCCUCUUGAAGCCUCCUCACAUCCUCUCACUGUUUUCAUUUUUACAUUUUUUUUCUUUUCCAACAAAAGAAGUUUACAAUUUUUCCUCUACAACAAAGGAAGUGCCCUAUUUAUUUUCACUAUGAAAUGCUAUUCACAGCAUGUUACUGAAUUUCUCAGUCUUUUUGUGCAAUAAAACACCCAUUUAUUGU